AUGCCUCCUCCCCGGCGGCCUUCGGCUCCAGCCCAGGCCAACGAGUACAGUACCGCGUUCGGCCGAGCUCACCCAACACUGGCGAAGGGGCUCGUCAUGGUCUGUCAGAGCUCGGGACCAUUGUUGAUCGGGACGCUCCUGUGGACCGCCGGAGUUCUUCGCCGUCCGAUGUGGGAACGGGUGACCCUGUGGAGGGCCUAUCUCUGGACCUUCAUCUCCAGAUGGGUGCUCGUCAGCUGUGCCAUCACCUGGUCCCUGGCCGGCUGGGAAGGCCAGAACGGAGACCCAGCUGAAGACGUCGGCCAGAAUUGA